UGCCAGUGCACUGUCUCUUCCUGUGUGCCACAGUUCACUGUUAUUCACUGGCAGUCAGGAUUCAGUUUGGGCACGUUGGAAAUGGAUUUCACAAUGAAGUAUUUUAGCACCUGUCUGGUGGUCGGUGUAUUGCUAUUAACUGAAAUACACAUUUGCCUAGCUGUAUGUAUGUGUGGGGAUGUGGAGAUGGCCUGCCAAAGAUAUGGACUUACCCAGGUUCCAAGAUGUCGUCUUCUCGGUCCAGAAGUCAAAAUACUGAAUCUGUCUGGUAAUCGGAUAACAUCUAUUGGACCUGCAGCUUUCAUGUCCUUUCCCAAGCUGAAUGUCUUGGAUCUUCAAUCAAACUCACUCAAGGUAAUUCCAUGCUCUGCAUUUGGUUUCCAGGACAACCUAAUUGAACUUGACCUAGGAUACAAUGGGAUAUCUUCAUUACAGUGUCAGGUUCACUCCAGGAGUUUAGAAAAUCUGUCAUUGGAUUAUUUUUACCAAACAGCUGGAAAUAAAGCGGACAUGUUUAAAGGAUUAGUGCACCUCAGGACUUUACGAGUGAGCAACAACAUGCUGACAGAUUUGUCCAAAAAUUCAUUUGCAAGCCUGAAAUCACUGAAGGUGCUAGGCAUCGAAAACAAUCAGAUAAAUGUCUUGGAAAGAGAUGCAUUCAAAGGACUUCACAAUCUGAAUGAAUUAGAUCUCUCGGGUAACAAGCUGGCUUCCAUCCAAUCAUGGUACUUCAAAGGGUUACCUGAGAUAAGAGUGCUGAAGUUAAAUGGGAAUCACAUUCAAAGGAUUGAAAGGAAUGCGUUCAGAUACUGCAGAAAGAUCACACAAAUAGACCUUUCUGGUAAUUCACUCAGAGACAUAGAACCGGCGGCGUUCCAUUAUCUAACACAUCUUAACGUCGUGAAACUGAAUAACAACCACAUCUCCUCGCUGGAUCCUCUUGUGUUUGACAGCAGCACACAGUUGUCAUAUCUGGGCGUGCAUGAGAACCCCUGGCUCUGCAGCUGUGGGCGGCUGUGGCGGCUAAGGCGAUGGCUGCAAUCCAGUGGCAGCGCGGUUGUCACAGUGUUUGUGAAGUGCUCUCAACCAGAAACGCUGCGGGGGCGCUACCUGGACGUCAUGAGCAGUGCGCUGACCCGCGGCACGGGGGACAUGUGCAGCCAUGCGGAGCCCCAUGUCGAACCCGGAACCACCGGUGCCACUGAGUCCACCACCACCACCAGAAACACAUGGUUGACAAAGCAAGAUGUCUUCAGGAGUGAGAGGAGGAAGACGCCUCGUGUUCAGAGAAGGGUAGGAAGGAUGGUGGUGGCAACUUCAAGGCAGCUUGUCAGCCACAUAGACAGUGGUGAUGUUGGGGAGAUGCUGCAGUACCAGAAGCAGCCAGCAAGUGGCGCACUGAUGGGGCCAACAGCCAUAGCUGGUGAGAAUGAGACUCUAACCACCAGUCAGCCUCGAGUCCUAACACAAAACCGCACUCCCCACGUUCAAAAUGUGACCAAUGCAUGCGUUUACAAUGAGCAGCUGAUCCUCAGUCUUGAGGCAGUGACAGUCACCUCAGAUUCAGUAUCCAUAAGAUGGACUGUGAGCGGGACCUCUAACACAAACACUUACUUCAGAGUCAUGUACGACCAGUUUGACACAAAGACAAAGUUCAGCCGUUUCGUCAACGUCAAGUGGGGCACGUCUUGCAAGCUGAGUGACCUGCGUCCCGAGACUCCGUACUUCCUCUGCGUGGAGAGCGUGGUGGACGAGCGUGUGUGUCCGGUGGCCUCUCGUGACCUCUGCGUUGGCGUGGUGACCAAGGCCCAGGAGGGGUCGGGCCCAGAGCCUCAGAUCGUCAUCCUCAUCUUCACGGGCAUCAACAGCUUGGCCAUCGUGGCCAUCCUGGGGGUGCUGGCAUGCCUGGGUCAGGCGCUGCAGAGGAGGCUGCCGCUUGACGCAGUCAGCUUGGUCUACGCUCAGAACAGAUGCGGCUCGUGCACCGUGUGCACCGCCAUCCAGAUGUCCGAUCUCAACUUGGCGGUGAACACCAACAGCUCCAACACGGGAACGUACCAGCCCAACGACAUAGAUCACAUAGACCUGCCACCUGUGCACUGACUGACUGAGCGUGUUAAAAUGUUUAAAUCUGCUGCAUCUGACCACCAAGACAAACAGGCAUGCACACAUGUUAAGGCCAAUAUAACAGUUAUAAGCAGUAAAACUGAAACUGGAACACUGAUAGAGUUGAACUGUGGAACUCCCUGAAUAUUUGUUUCCCCCAUUCACUUCAGUAAAGCCACUGUAGCCACAUGUUUAAGGGAUGUUGUAAAUUAACCCAACCAAGUUGUUCAUCUCCCCUUAAAAUAUAAACAAAAUGUAUAUACCUUCCUAAGUAGAUCACCCCAAAAAACCAUAAGUACCUGAAUUGCUCUACAUGCAUCUCGCCUGCUACUGCUGCUAUUUCACCAUUGUGCCACUGUGCUUGUAGGAAACAUCUGUCACCACAAGAUGGCAGAGUGUUGCAGUCAUGCUACAGCCACUUCAUGGGGUCUCUUCCUAGAUUUAGGCGAAAAACAGACAAAAUGAAAAGCAGAAGAAAAAAAACUAUUAUGUAGGGGACAUCUGGUGAACGGAAAUGACUACUCAAUGCUGUAUUAUCAAGACAUAAUGACUGCUUUUAAAGAGAAAUUAAAAGAUUUAUUACAACAUUUUAUUAAUUUAUGGUACUUUAUACAUAACUUUCACAAGUUACAGGUUUACUGCGAACACAAUAAUAUCACAUCCGGUUGUAUGUAAGUUUGAGCCAGGGCUUUAACAAAGUCAGGGACCCUUCAUACAUCCGGGACACUCUGGCCCUAACUGAAAGUGUGACGCCCCAGUUCAACUUCAAAUAUCUGAGACAUGAUUUUUUAAAUAUUGGCCUAAUUCUCUCAGAGAAUCCUUUAGUCAUGCAGAUAAGCACAUACCAGUGACAGUACAAAUGACACCUGGAACUAAUUUAAAAAGCAGAAAACAAAACAAAACAACUAAAAAAGAUCAAAUAAAUAUCUAAAAAGAGAAACAAUGAAGCAAUGUCUCAUAGAACUACACAGUAGUAAGCCAAUGCAUCUUUAGAGAAGGCAAGUGAAUUUCAAAAAGAAUGCUAGGCCUUGGAACCUACACUUAAUCUCAAAAUUGUCACUAUACUUAAUUGCAGUACUUAGAGGAAGUUCAGCAUACAUAUGUUUCUUAGUGUAUUUUUUUUUCUUCUAACAUUGGUAGAGCAGCAUUGCAUCUUGUUCACAUUUCAAUAUUUCUCAAGAUUUCUUCAAGGGACAAACCGAUGAUUCUGGAGGUGAGAGAACCUUAUUGGAACGACUCUUCAAGUGAUUUUUUUUGUUUGUUGUCCACUUCAAAAAAUAAUAAAGCUGAAUCUUAAGACGCUAAUACAAAUCAUGUACAUAACAUCUGUAAUAAUCACAUACAAUGUAUCAUUAAUGGCGCCAUUUACAAUGUUUCCAAAAUGUCUUUUUUCCUCAUAUUCCUUUUUUAAAUAACUAAAGUGAGCAGGAAAGAGCAAUUUUCCCUCGAAAAGUAUUCCAACAGUCACAAACCAAAGCAUCAGACAGUCAUUUAGUCAGUAAGCUGAAAUAGAGUUGAGGGAAUCCAUGAUAUUGUCUUAGUCAGAGCAACUAUGUACAUGAAAGUCCUCACGACAGAAAUAAAAAUGAUAUUGUACAGCAUUUUUGCUAACAUACAAAUCAAUAUCGGUGAAAAAAAACAAUACCGGCACAUUAAUGGCACAUAAAGGAGAAGCCAGAAAUAUGAAGAGUGUUAUCGUUAUAGUCCUACAAUCACUGCCUCUGGAACAAUCUACACAUGGAAUGUUGGGCAAAGCGCUGCGCUUGGAACAUGGAAAGUUCUACUCAAAAAAGCCCCUCCUUAAGACAAAUGUUUAAAUGUUGGAGGCCACUUUCAGACAUUCAAACCACAUUUAAGCUACCGUUCAGAGUAGCCAAACUACACACUCACAACAACAAACAACAAAAAACAUAAAUCUAUGUCAGUUCAAAUUCCACCACUUGAGUUUUUUCUUUUUUUUUGAAAUAACAAGACAUGUAAUCAAAUCUAUGUCUAAAAGCUGCCUGUACUUAUUGUGUGAACAGUAAAACACUAAGAAGGUAAACAAAUCCUUGAUCUCUCUUUGUGUGCAAAAUGGAACAAAGGCAAAGAAAUAAAAAGUAGUGACUGCUCCUUACGUCUUUAAACCUUCUGAUAGUACUCCGGAGAGGUGAUUUGGUAGCACUUUGUUUUACGGUCCCGUUUUUACUGUGUUUACAUGUAACAAAAUGCUAUAAAUGUGUUAUUACUGUGUACAUACCUAACACAAAGCCAUAACCUGAACCCAAAGGUACAGUAUGCAUAGCUACGUAACGUUACAUGUUGUAACACAGUGUUACACUGUAACUAAUGUAGUAGCAGAGACCGUAAAAUUAAGUGACACACAUGACAUCAAAUACAAUGAAUACAAUCACCAACAAAACAAGACAAAUCAAAACAUAGUAAAAUGAUUUGACAACACACUUUGGUUAAGAGGGUCUUGUCAUCAACACACACCGAUUCAGUCCUCAUCCCAAACCCAGAACCCUCCCAGAGGUCCCCAGGAGUUCUGUGCUUUAAAGAGAUACACACACAUGUAGAAAUAGCAUAAUCAUAACCAUAAUAAAUAGAGUAAACAUAAAAAAACAACAAUCAGUUCCAUUUUCCAUCACACAAAUCUCUAAAGUGCCUUCCUGUCUUGUCUUGUCUUGUCUUGUAGUGUUCUGACCUUCCUUUGCCAAUUCUUCAAUGCAUUUUUUUCCGGCAAGAAAUCAUACAGAAUGAAGACUGUAGACACUGGUAGGGAGAGAGGGGGAGGGUAGGUGGGGGGAAAAAUGGAAAAGAAGGACAAAAUUCUUCUGGAUUGAGGAGCUGCCAAGGAGGUAACAGGGUCGUUUGGGGGGGACAGGAGAGGAGAGGAGAGGAGAGGAGAGGACAGGAGCGUAGAGGUGUGGGG